UUGUUUUCAUCCCACUGAUGAACUCACAGUGAACUGCCGACGCUGAUAUAAACAGUUUUGUAUUGACUUACACUCAAAUCGUGUGUUCUUAGUGGCUGCUGAAGAGUUCGUCCCUGAAACAUGUUCCAAAUAAACGAAGAAGCGAAGAAGAAAAUUUACGAAGAGUUUAACCGAAAGGAAGAGAUAAUCGGUGAAGAUGUAGAGACUAUCAAGAACUGGUUGAAAACCCAACCCCAUCUUCCAGAGGUUAUGGAGGACGCACCAAUCAAGAAUUUUCUCCACUUGAGUAACUUUAGUGUUGAAAAAACCAAACGCAAGAUCGAUAUGUAUUACACCAUUAGAAGUCUAAUGCCUGAAUUUUACAUCACCAGCAACCCAAAACUGGAAAAAAUGCAACUCAUGUUGGAUAAGAUGAUAAAUUGAAACCUUGGCUUCCCAAGAUAAACAACACCGCUUUCCGGGCAUUGACUUACCCACAUAAAAACAACUUCCACACACUUAAC